AAUUUCCGGCACACGACCUCAAUAUCAUAUUAAACGUGGCGGGUCGUCGUAAAGCCUUUCGGCCCCUGUAAACUAGUGUGAGAUACCGAUAGCCGAUUUUAGGGCACACGACUCGCCACCAACCAUCGAUGGGGCCCAAACUCGUAUUAACGUCUCACAAAGUCCUGGUCUUUGAUGUUUAUGGGACACUCAUUGACUGGGAAACUGGAAUAUACAAUAGUCUCAAACCGCUCUUCCCAAAGGAUACUCCAAGAGAGGAGGUGUUGAAGAAAUAUGCUGCUACAGAGCUGGAUCUUCAGAUGAAAGAUCAGAGUGUAGCGUACUCGAAGAUCCUCGAUCUCGCUUGGAUGCGGCUUAGCGGUCAAGCUGACACGAGUCUUGGUUGCGGCGGAACAGCUGCAGUCACAGAAGCAGGGGAGGCGAUUGGCGCAUCUAGUUCAGCGGUUCCUCAGCAAGAUUUAGAUGCGGCUUCCUCGAUGCCACUCACAAGUGAUACUGACCGCUUCGGGGCUUCCAUACACACGUGGCAGCCUUUUGAAGACACCGUCCAAGCCCUCCACAGACUCAAGGAGCACUUUGCGCUAGUCGUUCUCUCCAACGUGGAUAACAGAAGUUUCGAUGGCACACAUGAGUUGCUGAAAUCUAAAACUUACGAAGCUCACGAGGGCAGAUACCCAACCGUGACCCCAGACUCCCCCUUCUCACUCAUCCUCACCGCUCAGCAAAUUAAUGCGUAUAAACCAGAUUCAAGGGCGCUAGAGACUGCACUCCAGCAAGUGUCGUCUGCGCCACACUCCCACUUUCCGCAUCCCAGCCCUCCCUGGGCCGUGGAGUCACACGACGUGCUUGUAGUAGCAAAUUCGCUUCUACAUGAUAUAGAGCCCGCAAAUCUUCGCAACCUCAAUAGCGUGUGGAUUUCGCGCCAUGAGAAGAAUUCCAUUGGAGCCAGAGCCGAUAUGAAGGAGCAAGGCUUGUGGACAUGGAGGUUCGAAACCUUAGGUGAUCUGGCAGAUGCGGUUGACCAGGAGGUUAAAGAAGCGGGUGGCGCUUUAUAAUUAUACAUUGGGCUUAGGGUUUGUUAUCGUUGGACCCUUUGGCUGGAUGUGGUGUAUGAGUAUGAAUGCGGCGGUGGUCGGGUGUAGCUGUGCCAUGCAUCUAGUCCGAACGCCG